AUGAUGAUGAAAGAUGAAAAUGCAAAAGAAAAGACCUCAAUUACAACAACAACAAGACACACUACCUCGAGCAAUGAACCUUCUUUCUAUUGCAAUUUCUAUUCCAGUUACAUUCCUCUCACCUUUUCAUCCUCUCCUUUUAUAGCCAAAUUAUGUGAUGGUGAUGCCUAUUGCUUUUCAGCCUCAACGAAAACACUCACUGCCACUUUUUCCUUGAAUCCCCACUACGAUGAUUUAUCGGUGAAAAAAUUUGUUCGUGCCUCGCAAGCCAUGGGUGCAAAAAUUAGUGGAGCUUUCAAUCCAUGCUAUGCCUAUGAUGAGAGAUUCAAUCUCACCUCUUUGACUUCACUGCAUGUGAAUGGUCAACCUAUUUUGUGGCAACGAAAAAAUUUGGGACAAGACAUUGUUGCAGAUGCUUGUGUUAACAAAGGGUCCUGCUCGAGAUCGUUUAGUGCUGUCUCAUCCAUGAUAGAGGCUGCCUAUGCCACAGAUUUAAAUAUUACUCAAAAUGGAAAUGAGGUUACUUUUGAAUUUGAGGGAACGUCUUCUCCAAUCACUUAUUUUUGUGUGAAAGAGGUGGAAUUGAGAUUAUGUGCAAUUCCAAAGAGUCGAACUGUCGUUUCGUAUAAUGCACAAAUCAUGUCGACAACGCCAAGUAUUUUGAAUUUUGUCACCAAUGAUACCGUGUGGGCACUACAAAAUGAACCAUUUCUCAAUUCCAAAGAAUUGUUGAAAAGCUAUUCAGAUCAAUUUGUGAGAAGGGUGAAAAUUACGAAUCCAGCUCUUGCAUUCAGUUCAAAAUUUAAGUUAACUAUUAAUCCAAGCAUGUAUGACUUCAUGAAAAGCAUGGAGAUUGACAUUUUAGGGGUGAACAAGACCUUUACAGAUCCUGUUACCAAUCAAGUCGUCAUGCUCAAUAUUUCUGAGUCUGUCUCUUUGUCACGAACUUCUUCCCAAUAUGAAUUAACAUUCAAUUCAUCUCUUUGGAAAGAUGACGAAAUUUCAUUGGACAUUAGGAUAAGUCUUGUGAAGCCAUAUUCCUAUUCAGGUUUUGGCUAUUUCACCUAUGAUGUUUCUCCUGUAGAUAGUUCUAGCAAUGCAUUCUACAACACUUUUCAAUAUGGAUCUGCACAAGAUCGAUUCAGCUAUACGUCACGACAAACAUUUAAUCUCAAUUUUAAUACUCCUCAAACAAUUUCAGCUUUGGGUAACCUUUCAGAUGUCAUUGCCAUCAACUAUUCUCCAGAUCCAAAUACUCCAAGCUUGGACGGACAGUUGCCACUAUGUUACAUGCAAAUCAAUACCAUCUUUCCUGAUAAUGUUUUCAAAUAUUCCGGAAUGAUUUAUUUCUAUUCAACCAAGACGAGCAAACAAUACAGUGCCAACUUUGGACCAAGUUUCACCAUUGAUUCAAGUAAGAAACAAGCUCAAUACAUGAUUUCAUCAGAAAUGCUCGACUGUACUCAGGGAGCGACUACCACUAUCUAUGUGUGGUUAGAGAUUUUAAGUUGGGAUUCAUAUUACGACUCUGGAGUAAUUACUACUCAGGUCUCUGCCUCACGAAAAACCAUGCAACUUAUUGACGAUGUAAACAAAGUCUACUCAGAUCUAACCUUCUCUUCAAGAUAUGAAGGCGCUGUUUAUUAUGUUAAAUCCUUUUCUUCCCUCAAAUACCCCUAUGAUUUAACAAUGUCAACCACUUUCACUUCUCUUGAUUCUCCAUUUUUGUCCUUCCUCUCCUACGGUGUUCCUCUCUCCUGGGCGAAUCAGAAACCAAUGAUUUUACAGUCCACAAAGACACCUUCUUCCUCCACUGAUUAUGUGGCCUACGAUGUUGAUGUGACACCUGGAAUGUAUUUCACAUUUAUUGAAAAAGGUUCCUGUAACGUGUAUCCUUGUCGUGCCUCCUUUAAAUUUUCAAUCUCACAAGAUUUGUUAAGCCCACCAGUUCUUUCUACUGCGCCGUCUAAUAGUUUGAAAAUUUCCAAGAGUGGAUAUAGAGCAAAUGGAUUUUUGACUGCUGUAGAAAUUCCUCAAAUUAGUACCAGAAGUUCACAAGGAACUCCCAAUAUUCUUUAUAACCUCAAAGUUUUAGCUUCUGUACAAGUUGACACUCAGCCUUCUUCGUUUACUAUCACGAACCCAUUAACUCUUCAAGUCACCAAACAAUUACAAGAUGCAACACAAAACCUUCCCUUCAACUCAACUUACUCUCAACAAAUAGCAUCUCAAAAUUAUAUUACUUCUUACAAAUGUACAAACACAUUUGAAACACAUUAUUUGGUGGUGAAUACUGUGAUACAAAAUGUCAACGAUUAUGGAAAAUGGUACAUUACAUUUUAUUCUCAUCCCGAAGUGUCAUACAAGGUGACUUUCACGGUCCAUCUAAUGAAUAAUGUCUUUUCGGUGACACAGACAACGAAUGGAGCCAAGUUGCCAAUUCUCUACUCUCCCAUUAGUCGUGUCCUGUAUGGAUUGCAAUUGAAUUCUCAAAGCUCGUUUGGUCAAACUAAUUUCAUGAUUUCCCUAGACUCAAAUACUUUGUCCUUUUCUCGAAACCAACAAUAUGAAAUCUUAUUCAAGCAUGGAUCCGUUCCAACUGACACAGAUUAUGAUGUAAAAUCUCCCUUGUUGCAGAAUGUCGCUCGAUAUCCUUAUCAGCAAUUUAUUACAAGAUUCAUUUACGGACAAAAUGUUGUUUUGAGCUACUUGAUGGAUAAUCCGUAUUAUUCUAAUGGAAACACGAGGAAAAAUUUCCCUUCUUCCAUGUACUCGAGUAAGGUUUUAUCUGACACUGGUAACCUUUCGAAUGGAAUUCUAUAUUUCCUGAUUAAGGCAAUUCCACUUUCAGACACUAUGUGCAUUUCCGAUUCCUCUCUCGACACUCCCAGCAAUUUCAUCUUUGCUCAAUACCAAUAUAGUUCCACAUUAAUAAUAUCAGAAGGAUCCUCGAAAAAGCUCAAUAGCCAAGUCAUGUCAAUUGACCUCUCAAAAAAACCAUCAUCUCCAAAUUCUGAGAUCAUUGCAGAUUUCUAUCAAGAAACACUUUCCACUAUUUUUGAACCAUCUGCAUCCAUUUUGUUUUACAAUUCCAAAACAAAGAGUGUGCAAUCUAAUAGUGAUGACAGCUAUACUAAUGAUACCGCCUCCUCCGUUCAAAUUGCGUUCCAUAAUUUAACCUAUUUACCCAAUGGACCUGAAUUUAAAACUCCUUAUUAUUCAUUCAAAUAUACAAUACGAAUGAAAAUUGACAACACGGGUGACAGUAGCAAUCAGAAUUCUCAGAUAUUUUUAUUAUUCCCAGUCUCACUCAAUGGAUUUUUGUCUCCCUUGAAUAAUUUCGAUGCCAUAUUGAGUAUGAAUUCCAAGUUCGAUCCAAACAUGUAUUUCAUUGAUUUAAUUUCACCCACAAUCAUUGUUGGUUCCAUUGUUGGAGCAUUUUCAGCAUUGAUUGCCAUUGGAUACUUGAUUGCUACUUGUGUAUUUUUACUGGCCUCCCAAAAACGAGAAUUCAAUUUGGGAAAUCCAAAUCCAAAAGUUUGGCUUGCAUGUCUAUGUCCUGCUUCUAUUCCUGUUUCAAUCUGUUAUAUCUACUUCUUCUGUUAUGAAGCAAGAAAGAAUAUUUUACCACCAUCAGAAACAAAGAGACGUCGUCGAGUAAGAUUUUUAAUUGCAUUCUCCAUGCUGUCGUUUAUCGUUGGAGUGCUAGCGAGUGCAUACUUUUUUGGAAGAAUGUUUUUCAUUCACACACAAGCUGUGGCGAGUGCUAACAGUAGAGAAUAUUAUUUAGGAAGAAAGGACCCCAAUGCCGACAAGUAUUCAACUCCAAGUUACACUCCAACAUUGAUGCCUUGUUGUUCCACAGCACGUCCUUCCACGGAUGGUCAGUCCUUUACUUAUUUUGGUAAUGCUCAUGUAUUUUUCAAACAAAAAUAUGGUGGUCGUCUCGAUUGUGCACCACCUCAAUGGUUCAUGGAUUCUGCGCUUGGUACCAAAUUCCUUCUUCAAUCCAUUGAUGGUCUUCCUUAUGUGUCUCCUAAACAUGAUCCAGCUAUUGCAGCCACGAAUAUGAAAAACGGAAGAAGUCACACUUUUGAAAUGGCCAGCACAUAUUGUAUGGCUAACUCGGUCAUUCUCAUGCCAGCUGAUGAUGAUUAUAACGCAUAUGGAAUUCCUGGAGUGUUGUUUGGAAUUGGACCAAUUUUGUAUUCAUUCUUUUUAAUGUCAAUUGUCAUUUUUGAAAGUGUCAUGAAUAACAAGAUGAAUCAAAGUAAUUAUUUCAUUGUUGGACAAACAACGCUAUCAUCGCUUGUGAAAGGAGAGAAUGUUCAAGAAAACACUGAUGACAAGACCACGUUAUUGAUCAAUGAAGAGGCACGGAAUAGUAUCUAUGCAGUAUAUCCAUCGGCUCCUCUUCACGAUGGUGAUGACCGUAAUAAUAAUAAUAAUGGAAUGUCACAGUCCAGUGAAGAAAGUGGUUUUCAGCAUGAAGAAGCACAACCAUACAUUCACGAACAACUGGCACUUCAACAAUCCACGAAUCAGUUCACUAAAGAGUAUUAA